CGGGGAGGGCGGCGCACACCCCCUGCGCGGCCGGCGUCCUCCGCCCGCGUCCGCGCCUUUUGUCUGGUCCUUCUCGGCGCCGCUGUUUCAGCUGCUUUUGUUGCAGCCCCGAGUCUGGAGUGCGCGGACUUUCUGCGAGGCAGAGGUCAGAAGUGAGGCUAACCAGCCUGGAGACGGAGAUGAAAAGAAGUGAAGAAUUGAUAACUGAAAAUCAUAAUGAAGAGAAAAUAACUAUUCUUCGUUGUUGGAAAUGUAGAAAAUGUAUAGCAAAUUCUGAUUACUUAAUGAAUUAUAGUGAGAACCAAGAAAUUAAGGAUAGACAUGCUUCUGGUGACAUGCAAGAUCUUUGUCAUGUGUGGCACAUGAAUCUAGAAGCCCUUCCAGAAUGGAUAAGCUGCCUAAUACACAAGGCACAGUGGACUUUUGGAAAAUUGAAUUGCCCUUUCUGUGGGGCCCAUUUAGGGGGCUUUAAUUUUGUCAGCACUCCAAAAUGUUCCUGUGGCCAGCUCGCAGUUGUAUAUCUCUCCAAGAGCCGGACCGAUUAUCAAGCAACACAGGCAAACAGAUUAAUGAGACCAUCGCUGAAAUACUUGUCCCAUUCUGGAAUUCAGUCAGGUUGUAACAAGGAAACUCUGCUGACAGGUGGUGGCUCCAAAAACAUGGCCCAAAAUAAUAAUGGCCUUGGAAGAUUAACAGAAGCACUCUGCCUGGAGGUGGGAUCAACGUAUUUUCAGAUGAAGAAUGAAAAAUUGCUCUUUAAAACACCAGAUUCAAAAUACCAGCUUUUUGUUCCCCAGCUUGUGUCUGGCCGAUGCACGGCAAGAGCUUUUCAUAGAAAAUCACAUAGUUUGGAUCUGAACAUCAAUGAGAAGCUGACUUUAUUACCUACUUUAUAUGAAAUACAUAGUAAGACUAGUGCCUAUACCAGGCUAAAUGAAACACAGCCUAUUGACCUUUCAGACUUGCCUUUACAGUCUAGUAAGAAUAGCUGUUCUUUUCAAAAUCCAUCCAGUUUUGAUACUGAUUUGCUGCUACAAAGACUUUCAGUGGCUUCCCGUGAGACCCAGACACAAAGAGGAAGAGAAUUUCAGUGUGGUCUAGAAGCUUCUUCAGUGUACUCGAACCACACUAAUAGCAACAACCUGACUUUGCUGGUGGACCUACCCUCAGCUGGCAGGAGCAUGUUAGAGGCCUCAGACCAAGAAGAGCCCCUCUCCCCUCUGGACUUCCUACGUUCAGCCAGUAAAUUUUCAUUGGGCAACAUUAAUCAGAGGCUCAAUAAGAGAGAACGAAGCAAGUUGAGGAAUCUGAGAAGAAAACAACGAAGGCAUGAAAGAUGGCUACAGAACCAGGGUAAAUGCUCAGGAGUGGGAUUGCUGGAUCAUAUGACAGUUCAUCAUCUUCAACUAUGUACUUUGAAUGAUGAGAUGAGUACAGAUGAUGACAAUGACUAUGCAGAGGAAAAGGAUAGCUACAUAUGUGCAGUGUGUCUGGAUGUUUAUUUCAACCCUUACAUGUGUUACCCUUGUCACCACAUCUUCUGUGAGCCCUGCUUACGGACCCUGGCCAAAGACAAUCCUGCAAAUACUCCCUGCCCACUGUGUCGGACAAUUAUUUCUAGAGUCUUUUUCCAGACAGAACUGAACAAUGCCACGAAAACAUUCUUCACUAAAGAAUAUUUGAAAAUAAAACAAAGCUUUCAGAAAUCCAGCUGUGCAAAAUGGCCCCUACCAAGCUGCAGAAAAGCUUUCCAGCUUUUUGGAGGUUUCCACAGACGGGCAGCUCCAGUUACAAGAAGGCAAUUCCCACAUGGUGCACAUAGGAUGGAUUAUCUGCACUUUGAGGAUGACAGCCGUGGAUGGUGGUUUGACAUGGAUAUGGUGAUCAUCUACAUUUAUUCAGUGAACUGGGUCAUUGGAUUCAUUGUUUUCUGCUUUCUUUGCUAUUUUUUCUUUCCGUUUUAGGAAUUGUCAUACUUUACAACAGCUGAACAAUCAUAAAUGUAAAUAACAAUUACUUAAACAUUUUUAAAAUGUGCUUUUAUAAUGUUGACUAUAUAAAUCAUUGGUAUUUAUAGAAAGUGUGAAAAUAAUGGAUUUAUUUAUUAAUGUUUUCAUGUGACAAACUAAACUUUAUUCAAAAGCUAAUCUAUCUAGCAUUUGGAAACAAUGCAAUAUUAAUUUCAUAGUUCUUGGAUUUAGUAUUUGGGGCUCUAAUUUUACAAUGACACUUUUAUACUUAUUUUGAUGGUUAUAUACUGAGGUUUUUCUCUUCACUUAAAAAUUGUUAAAAUGCAAAUGAUAAUCUAGGUGCAAAGUAACUAUAUUAAUAAGACCUUUAGUCAGUUACUACUUAUUCUUAGCAAAUGAUAUGCAUUAAAGAUAAACCAUAUUCUCUGGGAACUAAUCUAGCAGGGUAUAUUCCACUUGGUUUCCAAUUAUUUCUAUUUAUCUCCUCUUCUAUUACCAAUAAAACCUGACUAUCCUUUUUGUACAGACCUAACAAUAGCUUCAAUACAGUGUUUUAUAUUGUAAACAACAGAAUGGUAAAUACAAAUGAACUCUGAGACUCACCCCCACCAAUACUUUAGAGAGCCAUGUUAGCCUUUACAAUUUCAAGAGAAAUUGUAGAAAUUCUCUUUUAUUUCCUUGAAGAAAUAAAAAAAGACUGACUUUUAGUAACCUAAAGGAGCAAUGCAUGUUCAAAAUAUAAUUUAGUGAUUCAUUUAACUAGAAGAUUGUCAAAUAUAUUGUAAAUGUGCAAUAAAGAGUGGCUUUUAAAUUUUUUUCAUUUUUAGUAAUUGAUUUAAUGACUGGGCUAAAGAAUUGCGGGAGAUACGUGUAUGUAGAACAAAAGCCUGAUGUUUAUUUUUAUUUAUAUUAUAGUACCCCGUAAAAUUACUUUUUUCUUAUGAAAAUAAAAAACCUGAAGUUUUCAAGUGUGGGAAGAAAUUGGGCAGUUAUCCCAAUUUCAAAAGUGAAGAACCUACAGAAAGACGCAUAAAUUUAUUUGUCCAUUUUCUCAGGUGUUCUUUUUGAAAUCUGGGACAAAGGUUUUGAUUAUAAACUACUAAUCCAACAUCUCUAUGCUAUGAUAUCAUAUGCCUGAUAAUUCAGUAAGUAUAUUCUAACAUAAAAUAGGCAAAUCUCUGGCGCUACAAAUACUACCACUAUUCAGAAAAACUGGGAUGGCGCAGUCUAUGAAAAGUCAAAAUUUGACCUAAUUACUCUUUACUGUAUUUAAGUAUAAGCACUUGACCAUUGGUAUGUGAUGUUCAAAGACAUACAGAAGAGUGGUACAGGUUUUGAUUGAUAGUAUUCUUAUUGUUGUUCAAAAUUAUAUGUGAAAGAAAAUAAUAGCAUAUAUUUGCCAUAUCCAAGAAAUACGAAAGUAUUACAAUUUAGAAACACAGAGAUAAAUUUGUGUUUAUCAAAGAAUACUUAUAAUCACUAAUUCAUUGCACAAAGUAAAGAUAACAUAAGGGAAAAUGUCAGCCCUCUUAAAAUGUAUAUCAGGGUUAAAAUAUUGAAGUGCGAUGGGUGGAAUAACAUUCUAAGAAUUUAAAUUCUAGUCACUUCCUAGGCAACUCCUAACUGAUAAUGCACUAUUAAGUGUGGCUGGAUUCAUUCCUAAAUUACUUAUUGAUUUUAAUUAUAUAUAAAUUAAAGGAAAUAAUUUUAUAGAUACAUGUUUCUCAGGGACAAGGCUGAUUGAUUAGACAUGUCGUGGUAGAUACUACUUUAUAGAUCUGGGUCUGUAAACUAAAUACACAGCUAUAUAACACCUAUCAGUAAAUACAGCACCUUUAAAAAGAGCAUAAUGUGAAGGGCAACCCUAACUGGCCUGAGUUAUAACUUGACCUGAUAAUUCUGUCGUGUGCCCUACUCAAAAUAAAAGUAAACUUAGAAAAUAUAUUACUAAUUUCACUUCAAAAUAUCUUUUAAAUUUCCUACAAAUAGAGCUAAAAGCUGCCAAAUAUUAAAAUGUAACAUUUCAUAAAGCUAAAAAUUUAUGAGAAGCCAGACAAAACCUAAAAUGAAAAGAUACCAUUCAUUUUCUUCUGCCAUCUAGCACACAGACAUUCAGUAGCUGAAUUUAUAAAGGCAAUGGCUGAAUUAUGCUUUUUCUUUAGGUUUCACAGUAUCACUUGAAAAUUCAUUUCACAGUAAAAAACCAAAUAAAGGAAAAGAAGAAAUAUCCUACAACUAAUGAAAUACUAUUUUUGUCCCAACUAAUAUUAUUUAAUAAAUUUCAUUUUAUGAGCUGUUAUUAUUUCUCCUAUGCUUAAUUAUGAAGAUUAAUUUUAAACAUUUCAUAUAUUCAUAAAAGUAUGCCCAAAUGAAGGUACAUUUCUGAGUAUUUUCAGCAAAUAAUUUCUUUGAUUUUUUAAAAGCAAAUUUAAAAUCUAGACCUAUUUAUCUUACAUUCAGCUGAAGAUAAAGAAAUCUAAAUUAGAUAAAAUGUAAAAGAAACCAGAAUUUCUGUGACUCACCAAAUUUAAGAAUGAGAGCAAAAAACAUUUAGUAUUUCUGUGUCAGCUAUAUUAUCAGUGCCCCUCCAGCAUUAAAUGCUAAAUCUAACAACAGGGCAACUUUGCUUUGUGAUUUUGCUAAGACAAAUCUUGAUGACAAAAUGCAACUUCAUAAAAUUUUCAUGUAAAAGUCUUCUGUAUGAUUAAAAUAAUAUCAUAUUCCUAAAAA